AUCAUGGCUAUUGCUACCUCCAUUCCCCUUUCACUCAUCAUCAGUACCGCCAUUCUCGUCCUCACACUUCCUUAUGCUGCCCCUUUAUCGUUUCAGAAAACUGGUUUCAGCCCAAACGACGGUGAUAUUAAAUACGAAAGAGAUGCUUAUCCUUCAAACAAUGCAAUUCAACUCACUACAAACCAACGUGACGUUAGUGCGUUGGUUAGCAUUGGUCGUGCCACCUAUUCAGAACCCUUGCAUCUUUGGGACAAUACCACACAGAAGUGCACUGAUUUCUCCACUCGGUUCACUUUCACCAUCAAUUCUCUCAACAGUUCAAAGUAUGGCGAUGGGCUUGCUUUCUUUCUUGCACCAAAUGGGUCUACGGUUCCUGAUAAUGUCACAAGUAGUGGAACGCUUGGGCUUACUCGUGAUGAUCAGACAUUGAACUCUACUAGCAACCCAUUUGUUGCUGUUGAAUUUGAUGUUUUCCAGAACAAGUGGGACCCAGAAAAUGAACAUGUUGGAAUUGAUAUCAGUUCCAUGGAGUCUGUAAGGAACUUGACAUGGCGGAGUAGGAUUCGAGAAGGCGAAACAUAUGACGCAGUUAUUAGGUAUGAUUCUAGUUCGUCUAACCUUAGUGUCGUAUUCACGGGUUUUGGUAGGAGUGGACGUCAGUACCAGCGGAUUUCUUACAUCGUUGAUUUAAAGGAGAACUUGCCAGAGUGGGUUACAUUUGGGUUUUCUGGUGCAACAGGGAACACUGAAGUUAUACACAGUAUUUACUCAUGGAACUUUAGUUCAAGUCUUGGUAUCAAUGAAAACAUGAUGGACCCAGGCCCAGGGACCGUUGGUAGCCCUGGUCCAAGGGCUGGACCCGGACCCAAUUCAGAAAAAAAUAACGUAGGGCUAGUGACUGGUUUAGUGAUUGGGUGUGUUAUGUUAGUUGGGAUUGGUCUAGCGCUAUUUAUACUGCGAAACAAGAAGAAAAGAUUUGAAACCAAAAAUGAUACUUUCGUGCUGGAUAGUGAAUUUGAAAAGGGUACCGGAGCACGAAAGUUUUCAUACAAAGAGCUGGCUCGAGCAACUGGUAACUUUGCCGAGCAAGAAAAGCUUGGGGAGGGUGGUUUUGGUGGGGUCUAUAAAGGUUUUGUGAAAGAAAUGGACUCAUACAUUGCAGUCAAAAGGGUGUCACGGGAGUCUCACCAGGGAAUAAAAGAAUACGCAUCAGAAGUUAAAACCAUUAGCCGAUUACGACACAGAAACUUGGUGCAACUAGUCGGCUGGUGCCAUGAACAAAAAGAGCUACUUCUGGUGUACGAAUUCAUGCUAAACGGUAGUCUGGACUUGCAUUUAUUUCACGGGAAAAGCUUGUUAACAUGGCCCAUAAGGUAUGGGAUUGCUAAAGGUUUGGGGUCGGCACUGCUAUAUUUGCACGCAGAAUGGGAGCAAUGUGUGGUGCAUCGGGACAUUAAGUCAAGCAAUGUUAUGUUGGAUUCAAGUUUCAAUGCAAAACUUGGUGACUUUGGGCUAGCUAGGUUUGUUGACCAUGACAAGGGUUCACAGACCACUGUCAUCGCUGGAACCAUGGGCUACAUGGCUCCAGAGUGUGUUAUGACAGGUCAAGCAAGUAGAGAAACAGAUGUGUACAGUUUUGGAGUCGUAGCGCUGGAAAUAGCAUGCGGAAGGAAGCCAAUGGAUCUAAAGGCUGCAAAAGGUCAGAUAAGAAUGGUGGAGUGGGUUUGGGAUCUUUACGGGCAGCGUCGUAUUCUAGAAGCAGCUGACAGUAGACUAAUGGGAGAUUACGAUCAAAGAGAAAUGGAGUGUUUGAUGAUUGUUGGGCUCUGGUGUGCCCAUCCCGACAACACUUUCCGUCCAACAAUUAGGCAAGCAAUCAGUGUUCUUAAUUUUCAGUCUCCCUUGCCCAGCCUGCCAUCAAAAAUGCCUGUGCCAACUUACUUCACCCCUUUCACAAACCUCACCAUGUCUUCACAAUGCAGCCACACACAGAGCUCAAGCUAUGGAUAUAACACAGACUCAACAAAGUAA